AUGUCAGUCGUAAAAGGAUUGGUGGAGAUCAUGUCCGAGACAAGCGCGCUAACUAAACUUUUGAUAAAAUGCGUGCAUUUUUCGGCCGUCAAACACAAGAAACAACGCCGGAUGGACCCAGAUGCGACGCCUUACAUAAAUCAUCCAAUCGGUGUUGCUCAAAUUCUAACUGAAGAAGCCAACAUCACGGACCCCACUGUGCUUCAAGCAGCUCUGCUGCACGACACAGUCGAAGACACAGACACUACAUUUGAGGAAAUAGAAAAGGAAUUCGGUAGAGAUGUAUGUAAUGUAGUCAAAGAGGUGACUGAUGACAAAUCCCUGCCAAAGCACGAACGCAAGCGGUUACAAAUUGAACAUGCAGCAGGGUCAAGUCAUCCAGCAAAGCUGGUCAAGCUGGCAGACAAGUUGCAUAAUUUGAGGGAUCUCGAGAGGUGUGUUCCACUAGGAUGGACCAAGCAGAGAGUAGACGAGUAUUUCCAAUGGAGUCAACAGGUGGUGCAAAAUUUAAGAGGCACAAAUGCUGAAUUAGAGCUAGAAUUGGAUAGAUUGUUUGCGAAACACAGCUGAUAUGUAAAUCAUGAUGUAAAUAUUGAACCAAAUAAAAAUAUAUGCAACCAAA